GGUCGAGUAGGCGGGCCUUCUGACUUUGUGAUUGUGGUAACUAGUGAUGACGACCCUUAUGUAGUUGUUAGCUUAGCCAGCUAGCUACUUCAGUUAGCUUCACGUGUUGGAAAGUGGGAUGUUUUUCUGAUGUUGGUUGAUAUGAGAUGACACCUCUUUGGUUUGUCUAUAGACUGUCAACUGCUAUGGUGUUGUCUAGCUACAAGAACAGAGACAUAAGUUGACUGAAGGUGUGUAUUGUUAGCCUCCUGCCUGGAUGUUAGAGCUGUGAUGGUGGUGUGUCCCCUGCCUUCAUUGUGACUCCUGUCCACCACCUCCGUCUCCCUGCCCAGUGUGUGUGCCACCAUUUCACCAUGACCCUGCAUCUUCUCCUGGUCCUGGGGCUCUUUUUGCUGCCUUGUCUGUCAUCCCAUGAUAUCAGCGUGUCUGGCGUUAUAGCCUGCCAGAAAAUGACAAAUCAAACCCAAUGCUUGGAAGCAUGCUUACAGUAUGCGACCUGUGAUCAUCCUGUCUUUUGGAAAGAGAACUACACCUGCUUUUUCUUGAAGUGUCCCAAUGGCACCAACUGCAAUGAUAUCUCCGUCGAUGACCUGAUAAGGUUACAAGAUAAAAACAUCAGUGGUCUUAAAUGUGACGCUGGACCUACCACUGAGUCUUCAAGUUCCAGUUCCAUAACUUCAUCAGAAAUCUAUCUCAACCCCACUGCUCCUGAAUUGACAGCCAGCAAUAAUGCCAAUCAAAUUACAGACACCUCUACCCUCAAUGAAACUGACUCUACCUUGUAUUUUCGUAAGGAUGAUGGGCAGGCCCCCAUCUCCACUGCAUUUAUGACCAUGACUGCAGCACCCAUGCCAGCCACUAAGAAUGACACCUUCAUUCUCAGUAAAACUGUUAGCAAUGCCUCCAGAGGAACUACAAUACCUGACAUACCCCAUAAGUCAACCGUUCAAACCUCAGAGACAACCACUUCAGUAAAGCAGGAACCUAGAACUACAACGACGCCCUCAGCCCUGACCUCUCCACCAGCCAAUCCACAGAUGUCGACAACAGCAUUAUCAACAACAAAUACCACUAUCACCACUGUAGUACCAAUAACAGCAAUGCUGUUAACUAUCGCCACCACAACACACCCAACUACCACCACAACACACCCAACUACCACCACAACAAUACCACCACCAACUAUUCCAAACAUAACCAGCCCUACCACCAUAGACUCAUCUACAGUUGAGAAGAAUCCAUCACCAACCAGUCCGGAGGUCCCCAGCUCUCAAGCUACCUCCAGAAACGCCAUAGUCCCUUCGACCUUCACUGUUGAGGUCAGCACCAAAAGGCUUGACGGAGAUACCAACAGAGCCAUUAUAGACGUUGUUGCCGGGGGGCCUCUGACACGCCAGUUGGUGGACACAAGUACCCUAUUGGCUGUCCUGUUGUUUGGCCUCGUCUUCUUCCUGGUUACGGUUGUCCUCUUCCUCACACAGGCCUAUGAGAGCUACAGGACGAAAGACUACACCCAGGUGGACUAUCUCAUCAAUGGAAUGUAUUCUGAUUCAGGGGUUUGAAAGUGACAGUUGAGUGUUUGUUUUUCUAAUUUCUUUAUUGGAACAGGAUUAAUAACUUGUGAGUUAACAGAUUGCCAAUUUUGCACCAGCCUUUGCUGUAGUAUUGUAUAACUUUUCUGUCUUAAUGGUACUCCAGCCAAUUUCAUAGAUUUUUUUUUCAACUACUGUAUGUAUAAAUUGCUCCAGGCCUGCUGUGGUUUUAUUUAGGCCUUAACCUCUUACGAAGGGCCAAGAAAUGCACCUCUUGCUCAUCAGGCCAAGGGCCAAAGUAUCGCAACAGUGGUUUGUUAUAUCCUAUAUUUCUAUGUCUUACAUUUCUACAGAGAUGCUUCCAGCCCCAACCCAUAGGACUAAAGACCAUAGAUGGUUAAGUACUGUUUUUUUGUCAUUUGGAUUGCUGUGGGAAAGCGGGUGAAAAAGUUUAUUUGUCCGGUGUUUAUUAUUUCGUUUGUAUCCAUUGCUUUGUGUAUGUAUGUCAUUUUCAUGCCUUUUUUUUCUUCAUGACUAGCUUAUUUCCUUUGUUUACCAUUCCUCUUCUUGGAUUAAGAUUGAAUGCCAAAUUGAUCGCUGUAGCACUGAAGCACAUUAACAUUGAAGCCAAGGGAAUUGUCUAGCCAUUAUGAAGGAGGAGGAACAGUUUGUAUGAUGACCAAAAGAGACUUUCAAAGGCAGAGGAACUUCUGUCAAGGGUGGAAAUGGGUAUGAAGGCCUGUUAUGUGCCAAUUUUUUAAAAUCUUACUAAUGCAUUGUUAAAUAUGGUAUUUGCAAUAAAGGGGGAAAAAGUAAGAAUAAAAUACAUUUUCCUUUCAUAUUUCACAAAAUAAAGUUUGAAAAAAUGG